ACCGCGUCGCAGCCAGCCUCUCACGGGACUCGUGCGCAGCUUACAAGACCGCUCUGGUGCCCUCCAAACCUUCCUUCCUUCCUCUCACUUCUUUUGCGCCAAACUUCCGCACGCCGCCUUUCUUCUGUCUAUAACUUGGACACUCCCACACCUCGCUCGGUUUUCCUUCAUCUUACCACUCCCAUCCAUCACCAUCACCCGUCCCCAUCAUCCACUAUCUCCAUCGCGCCUCACCUUCUCGCCAUCAUCUACCUUCACUCUUGUCGCUCUUAGUGACUUCACUAUAUCGUCGCAUGCUCACUGUCCUGUCUUCAUAAAGACAGGUCUUUGUAUCCUUCACAAACUCUAUCAUUGCUAAACUACUAAACAUACAGUAUGGGUCUUAACUACUACGCCUCGUCGCCAACUGUGGUCCUGCCGCCCCAGCAACCGCAGGACUACUUCCCGCAUCACCAGAGCGCCGCUGCACCAAUGGGUAAUUUCCGCCCCAAAUACCCUACUCCGCCUUCGCUCAACUAUCUAGCCGCCGUUUCCAAUGCCACCGCUGGGCGCAAACGAUCCAUCGCCGACGUCGACGACCCGGAGGAGAACCUACCCGUCGGAUCCAUCGUCACUCAAUCGCCUUCAAAGCCGAAGCCCGAGCCUGUGUACGGCCCAGGGAUGACGCUCAUCUACCCUGGAGAGCCUGGCUACACCAUGGCCGCCGAGUCGCAAUCGGGCACUUGGUACGAAGAGAAAGUCGAGAAAGAAGAGAAAGCCGAAGCUGAAGCUCGCCCUAUCGCCGUGUCGCGCAAGUCAGUUCGCAUGAGCCCAUCUGCCAAUGUGGAAAUCACUCCCCUCAACCAGAUGGAUGCUCAGAAGACCGAAGAGCUCAUCGACGACAAAGGCAACACUGUCAACACGCUCAUCGCAUCCCUCGGGGUAGGCUGGAAGAACGUCAUGACCAACCCGAACCUACGCGACGCGGCGCGCGCAUACUCCCGCGUGAUUGAGCGUCAUUUCGACUUCACCGACGUCCUGGUGAUGUUAGAGAAGGAAUCACUCAACGCCUAUCUCGUACGCGCUAAGCAACACGGCGUCCAAGGCUACUGGUUAUUCUCGGACAAUCUACAAUGGUGCCAGCUCGUUGGCUGGUCAUUAGAGCGAACUGUUAGCAACCUCAUGUUUGGCUCGACCCCUCGUGUUGAGGGUGAGCGCAUCAAUGCUCGCCAGUUGACGCCGUCGCCUGCCUCUACACCCAUUUCCCAGCCAGUCGCCGAAGCUCCUAUGGCGACUGCAGACACCGACGCGAUGGAGAUGUGACGCGUCUCAACCCAUCUCUUCUCUUCCUUCCUGUUUCUUUACCCCAUGAACGGCAACAAAACACGUCUCGGUUAUCCUUUCGGCUGCAUUGAUUUACGGUUUUCGAUGUGGGUUUCUUCUUCGGCGAAUCGGCGUUCGGUGGAAUCGGAUGGCUCACCGGAAGUGACUCUAUCUGACAUGUACUAUAUUAUUAUGAUGCUUACGCUGCGAUGCUUGAUCAAAGACACUCGAUCGCAUCUGCAGCACGUGCCGCUAAACUCACCAGGCAAGAACUCAAUGAAACUAUGAUUAUCA